AUGGUGAACGACGACAUUGCUGCAAAUGAAAUCACGAGGCAGAUAGCGGCACUGAAGCCGCGCAUAGAGGGAUCCAGGGGUGUUAUGGGGUAUCUGGACAAGCCUCAAAACGACAAGCGGGCUGAUGUAAAUAAAACAUUUCUGGCCACCACCAUCCGGAGUAUCGACUCGCACAACCGGCGGCAGGAGGAGAACAAGUGCUGGACACUGCGGCGAAUGGAGCACAAGCUAGAUGAGGGAAGCAAUUGGCAAAGGUCAAGCCUAAGAAGCAACAUUUACAGAUCAGACGAGAAAAAGCGAAAAGGCAGUGUUAGAAGAAGUCGGAGUCGGAGUCGGAGUCGCAGUCAUUUGAGACAAUCUAGACGAAGUCGAAGCAGAAACAGGCGACGAUGUAGUCGAGGACAGAGCGAAAGGAAGGACGAAGAUAAACGUAGCUAUUGGGCUCGAAAAAAGGCCGACAAAACUCAAAAGAUUUGGAAGGUUUUACAAUCAAAAGGCACAAUAUCUGUGGAGAAUGCACCUGAUAUCGACUCCGACGACGACGACAUUAAGCCUGACAGAAAUCUUUCUAUUACUUCGUUAAACUGCAAGGAAUGUUCGAAAUGA